AUGGCCGAAUCACCACAAUCAACGCCUCGUAACAUCAAAUUGACAACUGUCAAAGGGACAACCAUCGAUUGCAAAGAGUCGCCCUUCUUUGGAAAAUGUAGAGAUGUAGAGGAUUUCGAGAAACUGAAUCGAGUUGGAGAAGGCACAUACGGUGUAGUCUACCGUGUAGUAGACAGAAAGACAAAACAGAUUGUUGCCCUAAAGAAGAUCAGAAUGGAGAGGGAAACAGAUGGCAUGCCAGUGUCCAGUUUGAGAGAGAUUAGUAUUCUGAAGAGAAUGAGACAUCAGAACAUCGUCAAUGUAACAGAUGUUGCGGUGGGACCCCGUCUCGAGUCCAUCUUUUUAGUGAUGGAAUACUGUGAACAAGAUCUAGGAAGCUUAUUAGACAUGGUGUCUACGCCAUACACUCCCUCCGAAAUCAAAUGCUUGAUGCUUCAAUUACUAAAAGGAUUAGAAUACUGCCAUAGCCAUUCGAUUAUCCAUAGAGACUUGAAAAUGUCAAACUUGUUAUUGACAUCCUCAGGACUAUUGAAGAUUGCUGAUUUCGGAUUGGCGCGAACAUUGAGCUUGCCAGGCAAAUCUAUGACCCCUAAUGUUGUUACAUUAUGGUACAGAGCGCCAGAAGUAUUAUUUGGCGAUUCCAACUACACAACAGCGAUAGAUUUAUGGUCAGCGGGAUGCAUCAUGGGAGAAUUGAUGCAACAUAAGCCAUUAUUACCAGGAAACACAGAGCAGGCUCAACUAGAUAUGAUUGUCAAACUACUGGGAUCACCUAAUGACACAAUUUGGCCCGGAUUCAGUAAAUUACCCGCAGCCAAAAUGCUUGUAUUACCAAAGCAAAGUUUUAGCAACAUUAAAGAAGUGUUCCCUCGAUACAGUGAAAAUACCCUCGCUCUACUGGCAGGACUACUGACAUAUAACCCCAGAUCAAGAUUCAAUGUAAAGCAAGCGAUGGCGCAUCCUUAUUUCCAAGAGGCGCCCAGAGCUCAAGAUCCAUCACUCCUACCCACGUAUCCCGAGGUCAGAAACCAAUUGGCAGAGAGAGAAAGCAAAAGACGCGCGUAUGAAGAAGAGAGAAGGAAGAGAUCAAUGAAAGAAGAUCAUGAUACAGCUAGAAAAAGACGAUAG